AUGGCGACUGAGUUCAUUGGUUACGACGUGCUCGUAAGCCUAAAGCCACCGCUCAGCGGAAAGCUCCUGGGCCAGGUUGCUAAUGUCGUUGGGCAAAACUUAUUUCUGAAAGAUGUCACCUGUCUUUGGAACAACCAAAAACUCCCCACUUUCUCUUUAGAUGCCAGCAUGAUCGCCGACCUCUCCCUGCAAUCGAACAAAACAGCUCCUCUACAGCGACAGGCUUCGUCGCAAGCUACCCCUAAGGUCCAAUCCGCUCAACCUCAACCCCAACCUCCUCCACAGCAGACCUUUGUCGACCCGGCCAUCCUUAGUUACUCUAAACCUCCUACCAAACCCACCAACCUACCAGCACAAUCUCACCCGGCUCCACUUAGCACGAGCCAGCCGUCUGCGCCAGUCGGUGCAUCGUUGUCUGAGCCCUUCAGCAGCCUUGAGUUGAAUGCUGAUACGGGUAAUGGUGAAGCGCAGAGUCACUCAUUCGGGCAAUUUCAGGCGGCCCAAAAUUCGGCCCUAAGCAAACAGGCCUCGACUAAGCGCAGCAAACGUGGCAAAGAAGGCGGGUCCGUAGGCAAGCAUGGAAUCACAGCGAGCACGAACCCAAACAGCAAGGGCUGGCGUCAAACUGCCUUCGUAGAGCCAGUAGGUGCUGCGGUGCAGACAUCACCUGAGCACCAUGCACAACAACCUGGCGGAAAGAUUCGCAAGAAGAAGACACGCCGCGCAUAUGCUGAGGAUCCUAGCGGCUGGGCUACCGAAGACGCAACCGACAUUCAAGAGCUUGGCGAGUUCGAUUUCGCUAGCAACCUCUCAAAAUUCGAUAAGCGACGGGUGUUUGAAGAAAUUCGCAACGACGACACUACAGCAGACGAGGCCCGCUUGGUGAGCUUCAAUCGGCUCCCCAAACCCGGGACCAAUGGCGGCAAAAACCUUCACUGGUCGGAAAAUGUGCUCGACAGCCCGCAGAAUAGUGAUACCGGUGAAGAUAUCGAGCAAAUUAGUGAUGCCAGACAUAGCAGUGAGAAUAUCUCUGGACGUGACAGGUCCAGGGUCUCUGCGCGGAUACAGCCAUCUCGCAAAAGCAGUGGCAUCAUGGGACAACCUAUGAUAUCAAAUAUCCAUGCCCUUGGUCGCACCCAAUUGAAUACAUCUCGCACUACAAGCCCUCACCCAGGCCGCUCAUCCGUGUCCCCCAUGGUGGGCUCUAAUGCACCUGGUGGAUCUUUGCGAUUGACGACUACGAACCGUAGCUGCCCAACCGUGAGCCCGUUGCAGACGUUAGAGGUUGAGCAAAUUGCUGUGGCGGAGUUUGGCCUGAGUGAAGAUAUCAUUACAGAGAAUGCAGGUCGAGGGAUUGCGGAAGCAGCGGUUGCUCUGUUAUCUAGUGACGCGGCCGCACCGACUAUGCUUAUUGUGACGGGUAACCACCGCACGGGAGCUAGAGCUAUCUCUGCUGCACGUCAUCUACGCAAUCGUGGUCACCGAGUCACUGUAUGCCUUCUGGGCCUCGAACAUGAGGCCGAGUUACUGGAGAACUGCCGAAAGCAGCUGGAUAUCUUCCGGAAAAUAGGCGGUCGUGUAUUAAAAUGGGAGGAGCUAUCAACUCGUCUGUCUUCUGCCGACCUAUCUCCCGACGUGGUUAUCGAUGCCUUAUUUGGCAUGCAUCUUGCUUUCGAUGACCUCCGAACUGAUGACCAGGGGGUCGCAUUUGAGAUGAUUUCAUGGGUGAAUAGAAGCAGCGUGGAGGUUCUCUCGGUUGACAUUCCAUCAGGCAUGUCAGCUUCAAGCGGUGACGUUACCACCGUUGACGGCGGUCGACUUUGUGUCAAUGGUUCAUCGGUUGUCUGUCUUGGUGCCCCAAAAACUGGAAUCCUCAAUGCUCUAGUCUCCGGUGAGGGCCACUCGUGGAAUGUUAGUGUUGCAGAUAUCGGGAUCCCACAGAUUGUAUGGCGAAAGUACGGUACUCGUCGUCGACAUGGUAUUGAUUUUGGCAAUCGCUGGGUGGUGCCGUUGAGAUACCAGCCUCCAAUCGCCUAG